UGGUGGCAAGGUACAUAGUCCUGUUCCGCUGUGGCAAGCGCCAAAGCGUGGCGCCAUGAACUUCAUUUCAACGGAAGGUUGUUUUAUCCGUGCGCGGUGGGCGGGGGAAUUCAGCGAAUGGGAGAGGCGACUGAAACCCUGUCAUCUUCUAAACUCGAAAGCGAUUGCGGGAGAACCACUUCACAUUUUCCAACAACUGCAUUGAGCCAUCAUCAAGGUGGCUUUUGAAGAGAGCAGAAACCACCUGUCAGCCAAAGAUGUUCAAACCUAAACGCACCGCUGUUGCUGUCCCGCCGUUGCAUCCAAUGAUUGGCUAUAUGAAUUGUCUAGUUAGUUCUUCACUGGAAUGUGGACAAGGACAUUUUUGGUAAUACGACAAGAGCGCAGAUAUGUCGGUGCCUUUACUGAAGAUUGGAGUGGUGUUGAGCACGAUGGCUAUGAUUACUAACUGGAUGUCGCAGACGUUACCGUCCUUGGUGGGACUUAACACCAACAAGCUCUCGGUAGCAUCAGGAGGGACAGCGGACCGGAGCACCGGCGUGCUCCCAGCCAACCCUGAGGAGUCAUGGCAGGUGUACAGCUCAGCCCAGGACACGGAGGGCCGCUGUGUCUGCACUGUGGUGGCACCUCAACAGUCCAUGUGCUCGCGGGACGCCAGGACCAAACAGCUCCGACAGCUGCUAGAAAAAGUCCAGAACAUGACCCAGUCUAUCCAGGUGCUAGACCAGCGGACCCAGAGAGACCUGCAGUACGUGGAGAGGAUGGAGGUCCAGCUGAAAGGUCUGGAGACCAAGUUUAAACAGGUGGAGGAGAACCACAAGCAGAACAUUGCCAGGCAAUACAAGGCAAUAAAAGCGAAAAUGGAGGAACUUAGGCCAUUGAUACCAGUGUUGGAGGAGUACAAAGCUGAUGCAAAAUUGGUAUUGCGGUUUAAAGAGGAGCUCCAGAAUCUGACGUCUGUGCUAAACGAACUCCAGGAGGAGAUCGGCGCCUAUGACUACGAGGAGCUACAAAACAGAGUGUCAAAUCUUGAAGAGAGGCUUCGUGCAUGCAUGCAAAAAUUAGCAUGUGGGAAGCUGACAGGGAUCAGCGAUCCAAUUACCAUUAAGACGUCUGGAUCAAGGUUUGGAUCCUGGAUGACUGACCCCCUGGCUCCUGAAGAUGACACUAGGGUGUGGUACAUGGAUGGCUACCACAACAACCGAUUUGUGCGGGAGUACAAGUCCAUCUAUGACUUCAUGAAUUCCGACAACUUUACAUCUCACCGUCUCCCCCACCCGUGGUCAGGCACUGGCCAGGUGGUCUACAAUGGCUCUAUCUACUUCAACAAGUUCCAGAGCCACACCAUCAUCAAGUUUGACUUCAAGACCUCCGUCAUCAGCAAGUCACGCCAGCUGGACUACGCUGGCUACAACAACAUGUACCACUACUCCUGGGGCGGCCACUCAGACAUCGACCUCAUGGUGGACGAGGGCGGGCUCUGGGCCAUUUACGCCACCAAUCAGAACGCAGGGAACAUUGUCAUCAGUAAACUGAACCCCAACACCCUGCAGAUCGUCAAGAGCUGGACUACCAACCACCCCAAGAGGAGCGCAGGAGAGGCCUUCAUGAUCUGUGGCACGCUGUAUGUCACCAAUGGCUACUCCGGUGGGACCAAGGUGUAUUAUGCCUUCAGCACCAACUCGUCCACCUACGAGUACAUUGACAUACCAUUCCAGAAUAAGUACUCUCACAUCUCCAUGCUGGACUAUAACCCUAAAGACAGAGCACUGUACGCAUGGAAUAACGGUCACCAGGUGCUUUACAAUGUCACCUUGUUCCAUGUCAUUCGGUCAGAGCAGGAGCAGUAGAUAGCUAGCCAUGCUGUUACCUUCUCAGUCACCGGCAGACCUGGGUUCAAAUACUAUUGGAUAACUUUCAAAUACAUUUAACAUUUGUGUUAGCCUGCCUGGAGUGCCAGAUGGGCAGGGUUUGCAGUUUUGCAAAAAUUGUAUUAAUUCCAUUAUACCAGGCAAGCCUAAUCAAGCCCGGCUAUAUCAUGCAAAUUUGAACCCAGGUCUGGUCCACGGAUGCUUCAAAGUAGAGGAGAUACUAUAUGUAACUGUGGAAGUAGAGAAGUAUCCUAUAUUUUACUCAGUAACAAGAAAUACAGUACCUAAUGAUAUAUAAUGUAUAGAAACAAAGAGUAGAACAGGAACAGAAAAUGUCAUGCCUUUCUUGUUUUAGAUGACUUCAAAUGGCUUAUAAUGAUUGUGUUUUUAUGGAAUUACACACUCUUCACUUGUUUUUAUUUCAUCACAGAUAGUGCAGCCUAUUGUAUCAUAGUUUUGAAUUGAAUUACAUUUGGAAUUGAAGAGAGAUUAUAUCCCGGGCCUUGUUUAUCAACCUGUAUAAAGCCAAACUGUAGGACACAAACACACAAUCAUGACCAUUUUCCCCAGGUGGGGGAUCCUCAUUAAUGAAUGAAUUAAUUAAUUAUGUUACAUGAUCAGAUGGUAAAGAUGGUCAAAUGUAGCAGCAAUGUUCCAUGUAACUCGAUUCCUGCUUCUGUAAAGGUGGAGACUAGUGAUCGUCCUAACACAGAGCCAUGUGCAGAAUAGAAAUCCAAUUCUAUCCCCAUGUAUUGGUAGCAACAUAACUUGGAAAAUGUGUAAUGGCACCUCAAAACAUGUACUCAGUCUUUCCUGCGCAAUACAACCUCUCAGGAACCAAUAUAACACAACCUGUCGUUUGCAUGGAGUCAUCUACAUGGACAUUAUAGGAUCUGAGUAUGAUUGAUAAAGGAGGCCCAAUGGAGCACAGUUUCAAGAAUCCAGUCAAACCACGAGUCAAUGACAAAAUACUGUAUAUCUGGGAACACCGACUACAGACUGUUGGAAGCACCCUGUUUCAUUUCUGUGUCUUUGUGAUGGUACGAUGUAUUUUCUCUUUUUCUAUCUUGUUUUUGCAUGGGCAUUUUUACUGACCAAAAUGGUUUUCUUCUCCGGAUGUAUUUUGCAAUAUUUGAUGCUGUAGUGCAGGAGACUAGUUUAGCACUGUUAGAAGGCAGGCUUUUUACUUUCUUAUUGUCAUUGGGGUUGAUAUAUGUUCUUAUUGUUGGUAUUGAUAUUUACUGUGAUAGCCUGUCUUUGUAGAUUGGAUUGUAUUGACAUAAUUUGUCUAGCUCAUAUAGUUCUGUCUGGCAAAAAGAAUAACUAUAACAAUCACAAGAGAAUGUACCAAACAAUGUAUCUAUGAGCCAGUGACAUAUCCACUGGCUGUUUUAUUCCAUUUGACUUCACAAGUCUACUGUCUGUUUCUUAGAGAGAUCAAUUGUGACAUCUUAUUCUGUUGAGCUUGCAUAUGUGUUGUAUCUGCAAUAACAUUCAUAUAAAUAAACAAGAUCUUUGUUCUA